AUGAACGAUAAGGUUCUCAUCGUAAGCCCCGACAUCGUGGGAACUAUUCAUGAUCUACAGCAUCUGCACAACAGCUUGAUCGACGUGGUAGUGGAUUCUGAUCUGCACAACAGCUCGAUCUCAGAUGAGACAUUUGAUUUCGUGUUCACAUCCAGCAUUGCGGACACUAAAUUUGCCAACCGUGUUGUGAAGACUGGGGGCAUUGUGGCCGUUCCAUUGAGCAAUAACCCUCCAACUGGUUUCCGUAAGCAAUCUAAUCAUAGGAUCGUGUUUCUUCGGCGCUAUAAUUCCACCAUAAUGGCAUUGAGGAAAGUGGGUCAAUCCAACCAGUUGGUGGAGUCCUCGAAAAAGCGGCGCCUUUGCCAAUGGGCGUCCGAGGCCAAGAAUGCCAUGUUAGUGCGCCUUGAAGAUGUCUUGCUCGAACCACCAAGAAGGGCUCCAGUGAAAUCCAACGAGUGCUUUGAGAAAAUUGAUGAGCUCCUCUCUGACUUGUUGGGUGAUACUCUUGAAGGAGAAUAUAUAGCUAGCGGUGUGACUGAAUGGUUUCAUCAGAAUUUUCCAAAGAUCAGGAACCAAGAUUUCGAGGUUUACAAUCUUGCGGUGGGACGUGAGGAGGAGUCGAGCAGCAGGGUGGCUUCUAAUGUUGAUAUUUCGGAUUGGUUAAUGAAGAAUGUGAGGGAAGAGGAGUAUGUGGUGAUGAACGCAGAAGCAGGAGUGGUGGUGGAAAUGAUAAACAGGAGAACAAUCUGUUUGGUGGAUCAACUGUUUCUGGAGUGCAGGAGCCAAUGGUGGCAGGGACGUGGGGGGAGAUACAACAGCAAGAGGGCUUAUUGGGAGUGCUUGGCUUUGUAUGGAAGGCUUAGGGAUGAGGGAGUUUCUGUUCACCAAUGGUGGGGUACUUGA